AUGGGCUAUGCAUAUCGUUUUGAAGUAUAUUCUGUCCAAGAAGACAAAAGAGACCGACAAGCAGACGAACCAGAUUUAGGCGUAACAAGCAACGUUGUACUGCGAUUGGCUAGAGUUGUUCCAAGGAUGGUCAACCACAUCAUAUUUUUUGACAAUUUUUAUACCUCAUUGCCUUUGAUGUUUCAUUUGGCUAAACAAGGCAUUCACAGCCUUGGAAGUGUACAGCAAAAUAGGCUCCCAAAUUGUCGACUCCCUGACAAAAAGGAAUACAUGAAGGCGAAUGUUUCUAGAGGUGCAUAUCAAGAAAAAAUUACUCACUACGAUGGUGUCGACUUUUCAGCAACUGCAUGGAAAGACAACAAAGUUGUCACGCUUUUGUCUACAUAUGUAGGUGCUGAACCUGCCACAACAGUCGGUCGGUACGAUAAGAAGACUAAACAAAAUAUAGAUAUACCCUGUCCAAAGAUAGUCGAAGAAUAUAACAUUACACAUGGGGGGAGUGGACUUGAUGGACAGCUACCUGGGACGCUAUCGCAUACGCAUAAAGAGCCGAAAAUGGUACAUGCGCCUCUUUUCCAUCUUUUAGACCUCGCCGUUAUAAAUUCGUGGGUUCUUUUGAAAAAAAAUUGCACAGCAAAGGGUAUUCCUGAGAAACAGCUUCCAAAUCUUGGAGAGUUUCGUAACAUCUUGGCCGAUGCACUUUGUAACGUGGGAACAUCAAAUGGUGCUAAAAGAGGGCGUCCCACUAAUGUGGACUUGGAGCGUGAACAUGCCAAGAAGCCAAAGAGUCCGGGUCAUCCAGUCCCCUGCAAGGAUAUACGAACCGAUGGAGUCGAACACUGGCCUAUCUUUUCAAAUAGAUUACGGUGCAAAAUACCACAGUGCAAAGGUACUACGCAGUGGGCAUGUUCAAAGUGUAACGUACCUCUGUGUCUGAACUCACGCAAUAACUAUUUUAGAGAUUUUCAUAAAUAA